UGAAAUCAAAUUCUGAUCAACUCUCAUAAGGUCCACUGGAACAUUGCUCAAUCUAACAGUACAACUACACUGACAGUAAAGGUCAUUCCACGUUUACUGUAGGAAACCAGAUUUGCAUAUACUGCAUUCCUUUAGUUGAUAAGGGGAAGAAAUAUGAUUGUUCUCCAUGAGAUAGGUGAUAACAAAAUCCAGCUUUCUUUGAACUUUUCUCAUGACAUUAGGAUUCAGUUAAGUGGAGGACAGAGAACAUGCUGCAGUGGGAACUGAAGUCAGCUUUUAAACACUGCAUUGAUACGAUUAUAUUAAAUAAUGGAAUAAAAAAAGGAUAUUAAAGUUGUUGGUGUUGUUGUUUCAGCAUAUAUAUAGUAUUUUAAGUGGUGUGCACCUGUCACCCCCAUCAGAGACUACAGUUCAGCUCGAUCACUGUCCUUAAAUGCUGCCCUGUACAAUCAGGGAGAAAAAAUCCAGACAAGAAUUUCACAGGGUUAUCUUUGUCCUCAAGGCCAAAGGAAAGGGAACAAUGCCAUAACGACAUCAUGAGACAAAGGGUGUAGAAAGAGCUGGGCAGAAUAGUGUUGAGUGAUCCUUUAAAGUCUCUGACCUUAGCUCUCACUCAGCAACAGCUGCAAGUCUUUAUUGUUGCAGCAGAGACUUUUCAAACCCCCUUGCAUGCCUGAACUUAGCUGAACUUUAGCUUUUUGAUUAAGAAUCUUAACGUGACCAACAAAUCAGGGCUGUUAUCAAACCAAAGUGUUUGGGGAACAAAUUAGUCUACUUAAAUCCUUAAUCUUGCUCAACUAUCAUCCUUUAUUUCAGGACUGAGAACGAUGCCAUGUGGAGGACAUGAAGAUUAGACAUCCAGUCGUCUCUAACCCUCCUAUGCUUAUUAUCUUUUUACAGACAUAAAACAUCAAAUGUACUGUUUUGAUUACUCUUUAAUCUGGUUGUUGUGUUUAGCUGCUACUACAAUUUUCUUUUUAAUUUAUAUAAAUACAACUAGACCCAAAUAAUGAAACUCAAACUGACCAGUUGUAACUGAGUCACACUACUAGCUAGUAGGAAAUUCUAUAAACUGAGCUGUUAGGAUAUAUACAAAUAAAAUAAUAGUCACUUGAUAUGAAGCCUGUCCCUGAUCUCCACCUCUUGCCCUCCCCUUUCUAUUUACCAAGUACUGUCCUCGCCUUGUUUGUCACAAGGUGAAGGCAACAAAUAGCCGCAGUACAUCCUGCCCAAUUAGAAGAAAGCUUUUUAAAUCUGAAACCUUUCUCCAAAAAUUCAUCCCAUAUUUGGUGGAAUAACAGCCUUUAUUAAUGGGGAGAGGACUGCUGUCAACAACAGGACUCUUCACUUCACUUGAUAAGAGGUUGACAGUCAAAGGUAAGUAACAGUUAUAUACGUGGUAUGGGAUAGACAUGUCAUGCAAUUGGAUAUUUAAAAGUGAUGUCCUGACACAUCACGCUUUCGUGAUAAACAUGUGUCUCUUCUUGGCUGGUGGUAUCAAAUGGAAUGUGACUAAUAAUGUAUAUAUUUUUUUUAUAUUUUCCCUUGUCAUUUGGUCUGCACAGCAAGGUUCUGAUUGACCCUGGUCCAACCCACACUAGGUUAAAACCUUUGUCAUUCCAGUUAAAAAGUCCCUAACUCAGUCUGGACUUAAAUGUUGUGUGUUUAUUUCAAGUUGUUGAUAUUAAAAUUUUCACAUACAAUUAAGAGGACAAGGUCUUUAAAAGUUAAAGUGGGGCAUUCUCCUUAGGACAGGGUUGUUGUAUGCAAUAUGUAGACAAAUCAUUCAACAACCCUUUUCAAUCAUAGUGGGAUAUCAACUAUUUGCCUUGUAACUGUACCUGUACACCAGUGGCAAUGUAUGCUAUCUUUUGUGCCCUAUACUGAUGUUCCAUCCUUGAUUUGAAUAUAUGUUCAUAAUUUGUCAAGGUUGAAAAAUGGGUGACGCUGCCAUGGCAGAGUUUGGGCCCGCGGCUCCAUAUCUACGGAAGUCAGAUAAAGAGCGUCUGGAGGCCCAGACUCGUCCAUUUGACAUGAAGAAAGAAUGCUUUGUCCCCGACCCUGCGGUCGAGUACGUUAAGGCUUCCAUCACCAGUCGUGACGGUGACAAAGUCACUGCUGAGACGGAGUUUGGAAAGACUGUGACAGUGAAGGAGUGUGAUGUACACCCUCAGAAUCCACCAAAGUUUGAUAAAAUUGAAGACAUGGCCAUGUUCACCUUCCUCCAUGAACCAGCUGUGCUGUUUAACCUCAAAGAGCGUUACGCAGCAUGGAUGAUUUAUACCUACUCUGGGCUGUUCUGUGUGACUGUAAAUCCCUACAAGUGGCUGCCAGUCUACAACCAAGAGGUAGUAGUUGCCUACAGAGGAAAGAAGAGGAGUGAAGCUCCUCCUCACAUCUUCUCCAUCUCUGAUAAUGCCUACCAAUACAUGCUGUCAGACAGAGAAAACCAGUCAAUCCUUAUCACCGGAGAAUCUGGAGCUGGAAAGACUGUCAAUACCAAGCGUGUUAUUCAGUACUUUGCCAGCAUUGCUGCUGUUCCAAGUGGGAAGAAAGAUGCUGCGGCUGAAAAGAAGGGAACCCUGGAGGAUCAAAUCAUUCAGGCUAACCCUGCACUGGAGGCCUUUGGUAACGCCAAGACUAUUAGGAACGACAACUCCUCCAGAUUUGGUAAAUUCAUCAGAAUCCAUUUUGACAACCGAGGAAAGCUGGCUUCUGCUGAUAUUGAAACAUAUCUUCUGGAAAAAUCUCGAGUCACCUACCAGCUCAAAGCUGAAAGGGACUAUCACAUUUUCUACCAGAUCUUGUCUCAGGCAAAGCCUGAACUUCUGGAGAUGCUGCUCAUCACCAACAACCCCUAUGACUACUCCUUCAUCUCCCAAGGAGAGACAACAGUAGCCUCUAUUAAUGACUCUGAAGAGCUGAUGGCCACUGAUGAUGCAUUUGAUGUGCUGGGCUUCACUCAAGAAGAGAAGAACAGUAUUUAUAAGUUGACUGGUGCCAUCAUGCACUAUGGUAACAUGAGGUUCAAGCAGAAGCAACGUGAAGAGCAAGCAGAAGCUGAUGGCACUGAAGAUGCUGACAAAGUGGCUUAUCUGAUGGGCCUGAACUCUGCUGACCUCAUCAAAGGUCUCUGUCACCCAAGAGUCAAAGUAGGGAAUGAGUGGGUCACCAAGGGACAAAAUGUUGCCCAGGUGAACUACGCCAUUGGCGCACUGUCUAAGUCAGUGUAUGAGAAGAUGUUCCUGUGGAUGGUGGUGAGGAUAAAUCAGUCCCUGGACACCAAGCAAGCCCGCCAGUACUUCAUUGGUGUGCUGGACAUUGCUGGGUUUGAGAUCUUUGAAUUCAAUACCUUUGAGCAGCUCUGCAUCAACUUUACCAAUGAGAAACUGCAACAGUUUUUCAACCACCACAUGUUUGUGCUGGAGCAGGAAGAGUACAAGAAAGAGGGCAUUGAAUGGACAUUCAUUGACUUUGGUAUGGACCUGCAGGCCUGUAUUGACCUCAUUGAAAAGCCCAUGGGUAUCAUGUCCAUCCUUGAAGAGGAGUGCAUGUUCCCCAAGGCCUCUGAUGCCACCUUUAAAGCCAAACUCUACGACAACCAUCUUGGCAAAUCCAACAACUUCCAGAAGCCCAGAGUGGUCAAGGGGAAACCAGAGGCUCACUUUGGCCUGGUUCACUAUGCUGGAACUGUUGAUUAUAAUAUCAACAACUGGCUGGUGAAGAACAAGGAUCCUCUGAAUGAGACUGUUGUUGGACUCUACCAGAAGUCUAAUCUCAAAUUGUUGGCUAUCCUGUUUGCAAAUUAUGCUGGAGCUGAUUCAGCUCAAGACACCGGCGGGAAGGGAAAAGGCAGCAAGAAGAAGGGGUCAUCCUUCCAAACUGUAUCAGCUUUGCACAGGGAGAACCUGAACAAGCUGAUGACCAACUUGAGGUCCACUCACCCUCACUUUGUACGCUGCAUCAUCCCCAAUGAGACCAAGACUCCUGGGGCCAUGGAGAACCCUCUGGUGAUGCACCAGUUGCGCUGUAACGGUGUACUGGAAGGAAUCAGGAUUUGCAGAAAGGGCUUCCCCAACAGGAUCCUAUAUGGAGAUUUCAAACAGAGAUACCGCAUUUUAAAUCCAAAUGCUAUACCUGAGGGGCAGUUCAUUGACAACAAGAAAGCUUCAGAGAAACUUUUGGGCUCCUUGGAUAUCGACCAUAACCAGUACAAACUGGGUCACACCAAGGUAUUCUUCAAAGCUGGGUUGCUCGGUCUGCUAGAGGAGAUGCGAGAUGACCGUUUAGCUCUAAUCAUCACCAGGAUCCAGGCUCGAUCCCGAGGUCUUCUGGCAAGAAUUGAAUUCCAGAAAAUUGUAGAACGCAGGGAUGCACUACUUGUGAUCCAGUGGAAUAUCAGAGCCUUCAUGGGAGUCAAGAAUUGGCCAUGGAUGAAGCUCUUCUUCAAGAUCAAACCUUUGCUGAGAUCUGCUGAAGCAGAGAAGGAGAUGGCCAACAUGAAGGAAGAGUUUACCAAACUCAAAGAAGCGUAUGCGAAAUCAGAAGCGCGCAGAAAGGAACUAGAGGAAAAAAUGGUCACUCUUCUCCAAGAGAAGAAUGACCUGCAGCUCCAAGUUCAGACUGAGCAAGAUAAUCUGUGUGAUGCUGAAGAAAGAUGUGAGGGGCUGAUCAAAAGCAAGAUUCAACUGGAGGCAAAAAUCAAAGAGCUGACAGAAAGGUUGGAGGAUGAGGAGGAGAUGAAUGCUGAAUUGACUGCUAAGAAGAGGAAGCUGGAGGAUGAGUGCUCUGAGUUAAAGAAAGACAUAGAUGAUUUAGAGUUAACCCUGGCGAAAGUGGAAAAAGAGAAGCAUGCCACUGAGAACAAGGUGAAGAACAUGACAGAGGAAAUGGCUGCUCUGGACGAAAUCAUCGCCAAGCUGACCAAGGAAAAGAAAGCCUUACAGGAAGCUCAUCAACAAACACUGGAUGACCUGCAGAGUGAAGAAGACAAAGUCAACACUCUGACCAAGGCCAAGACUAAGCUGGAGCAGCAAGUGGACGAUCUCGAAGGCUCCUUAGAGCAAGAAAAGAAAAUACGCAUGGAUCUUGAGAGAGCAAAGAGGAAGCUUGAAGGAGACCUAAAAUUGGCUCAAGAGAGUAUCAUGGACCUGGAAAAUGAUAAGCAGCAACUUGAAGAGAGGCUGAAGAAGAAAGAUUUUGAAAUAAGUCAGCUCAAUGGAAAAAUAGAAGAUGAACAAGCAAUGAGUGCACAACUCCAGAAAAAACUGAAGGAGUUGCAGGCCCGCAUUGAGGAGCUGGAGGAAGAGCUUGAAGCAGAGCGAGCUGCUCGAGCCAAGGUGGAGAAGCAAAGGGCAGACUUGGCCAGAGAGUUGGAGGAGAUCAGUGAGAGGUUGGAGGAGGCUGGAGGAGCAACAGCUGCCCAGAUUGAGAUGAACAAGAAGAGGGAGGCUGAGUUCCAGAAACUCCGCAGGGACCUUGAAGAGGCCACUCUGCAUCAUGAAGCCACCGCUGCCACACUCAGGAAGAAACAAGCUGACAGUGUUGCUGACCUGGGAGAGCAGAUUGACAACCUGCAGAGAGUCAAGCAGAAACUGGAAAAGGAGAAGAGUGAGCUCAGACUGGAACUGGAUGAUGUGGUCUCCAACAUGGAGCAAAUUGUAAAAGCAAAGAACAACUUGGAGAAAAUGUGCAGGUCUUUGGAAGACCAGAUGCAUGAAUAUAAAACAAAGUCAGAAGAGGGACAGCGCAGCAUUAAUGACUUCACCAUGCAGAAAGCAAAGCUUCAAACUGAGAAUGGUGAACUUGCAAGGCAGCUGGAGGAAAAGGACUCUCUGGUGUCUCAACUCACCAGAGGAAAACAGUCCUACACUCAACAACUUGAAGACCUUAAACGACAACUGGAGGAGGAAGUCAAGGCCAAAAAUGCAUUAGCCCAUGCAGUGCAAUCUUCUCGUCACGACUGUGACCUGCUCAGAGAGCAGUAUGAGGAGGAGCAGGAGGCCAAGGCUGAACUGCAGCGCAGCAUGUCCAAGGCCAACUCUGAGGUGGCUCAGUGGAGAACAAAGUACGAAACUGAUGCCAUCCAGAGGACUGAGGAACUGGAAGAAGCCAAAAAGAAGCUGGCUCAGCGUCUGCAGGACGCUGAGGAGGCUGUUGAAGCAGUGAAUGCUAAAUGUUCCUCUCUAGAGAAGACCAAACAUAGACUGCAGAAUGAGAUUGAAGAUCUCAUGGUGGAUGUGGAGAGGUCGAAUGCAGCUGCUGCUGCUCUGGACAAGAAGCAGAGAAACUUUGACAAGGUCUUGGCAGAAUGGAAACAGAAGUAUGAGGAGAGUCAAACAGAGCUGGAGAGUUCUCAGAAGGAGGCCAGGUCUCUGAGCACUGAACUCUUCAAACUGAAAAACUCCUAUGAAGAAUCUUUGGAACAUCUGGAGACCAUGAAGAGAGAGAACAAGAACUUGCAGGAGGAAAUAUCUGACCUCACUGAACAAAUUGGUGAGGGUGGAAAGAGCAUUCAUGAGCUGGAGAAGAUUCGAAAACAGUUGGAACAAGAGAAGUCUGAAAUACAGACAGCUCUGGAGGAAGCAGAGGCUUCAUUGGAGCAUGAGGAAGGGAAGAUUCUCAGAGCCCAGCUAGAGUUCAACCAGGUUAAGGCUGACAUUGAACGCAAGCUAGCUGAGAAAGAUGAAGAGAUGGAGCAAACAAAAAGAAACCAGCAGCGGAUUGUGGACACUCUCCAGAGUUCUCUUGAAGCUGAGACUCGCAGUAGGAAUGAGGCCCUCCGUUUGAAGAAGAAAAUGGAGGGAGACCUCAAUGAGAUGGAGAUCCAGCUGAGCCAGGCCAACAGGCAGGCAGCUGAGGCCCAGAAACAGCUUAAAUCUGUUCAUGCUCAUCUGAAGGAUGCUCAACUUCAGCUUGAUGAUGCUCUACGAGUCAGUGAUGAUAUGAGGGAGAACAUUGCCAUUGUUGAGAGACGUAACAACCUGCUUCAGGCUGAACUGGAGGAGCUCAGAGCUGGUCUGGAACAAACUGAGAGAAGUCGCAAACUUGCUGAGCAAGAGCUGCUGGAUGUUAGUGAGAGGGUGCAGCUACUGCACUCACAGAACACCAGCUUAAUAAACCAGAAAAAGAAACUGGAAGCUGAUACAGUCCAGCUUCAGACUGAAGUAGAAGAUGCAGUGCAGGAGUGCAGAAAUGCUGAGGAAAAAGCCAAGAAAGCCAUUACUGAUGCUGCCAUGAUGGCAGAGGAGCUGAAGAAAGAGCAGGACACCAGCGCUCACCUGGAGCGCAUGAAGAAGAACAUGGAGCAAACCAUCAAGGACCUGCAGCACCGUCUGGAUGAAGCUGAACAGAUCGCCAUGAAGGGUGGCAAGAAGCAGCUGCAGAAGCUCGAGUCCAGGGUCAGGGAACUAGAAACUGAGGUGGAAGGUGAACAGAGAAAGGCCAGUGAUGCUGUGAAGGGAGUAAGAAAAUAUGAAAGACGAAUUAAGGAGCUAACCUAUCAGACUGAAGAGGACCGUAAAAAUCUGGCACGUCUGCAAGAUCUGGUGGAUAAGUUGCAACUGAAAGUCAAAUCCUACAAGAGAUCUGCAGAGGAGGCGGAGGAACAGGCCAACAGUCAUCUUGGCAAGUUCCGCAAGCUGCAGCAUGAGCUUGAUGAGGCUGAAGAGAGAGCUGACAUCGCUGAGUCUCAGGUCAACAAGCUGCGUGCCAAGAGCCGCGAUGUGGGCUCGAAGAGAGGGAACGAUGAAGAAUGAAUCUCCCUGAAGAAUGACUCAUUCUGAGACACCUCUUGACUGCGUAACAGUGUCUCCCUAAGCAUGUGUUUUGUUCCAUAGAAUAAAUUGAAAUUGCAUAUGAAA